AUGGAAUGCGAAGGCAUAUCAACGAAUAUUAGAGAUUUAAGAUUUCCGAGGUGGCAGAUGUCGGAGGGCGCCUGUUGCAAUUGCAGACUAGGUCCAAAGUACAAAGUUUCAAGAAGGGGCAAUGGUCCAUUGUGUAUUGCUAUCAACUUCAGGCUUUUCAAGUGUUUGAGCCUGAGGUCCUUUAGUUUCAGAAAUCCUCUUUCACAGUGCAACUCCUCACAACUCAACACCUCAUAG